AUGCAUAGCAUCGCGAAGAAAGUAGCAGACCAGGCAUCUAAGAAACCUACUCUCUCCAAGUCAGAAUUUGGAUCCUUGUUAAUUGCAUCAUUGAAGUCAAGACGUGGUAGCAGGGUGGCCCUCAGUAAGAAACAAAUAUCAAAGAAAGUUACUCGUCCUCCAAGUAAGGUGACCAGGAAAGGUGUUAGGUCUAGAAAGUUGGUUCGGGGUAAAAGUGCACGCAAACCACUUCAUAAAAGGUCCGGGAAGAAGUCAGAACCGUCUACUGCUAUCUGUCCUGAGUUGAAUGAGAAGAAUCCUAAGAAGGAGACUGCCAAGAGAAAAUUUAAAAGGAGAAGGAUAGAUGGAAGGCGAAGGAAUAAUGUAGAGCUAGAUGAACCAUCACGGUUGCAGAGGAGAACAAGAUAUUUGAUGAUUAAAAUGAAGAUGGAGCAGAACCUUAUAGAUGCUUACUCUGGUGAAGGAUGGAAAGGCCAAAGUCGAGAGAAGAUCAGGCCAGAGAAGGAACUACUAAGAGCGAAAAAAAAGAUUUUGAAGUGCAAACUUGGAAUACGGGAUGCAAUCCACCAACUUGAUUUGCUUAGUGCAGUUGGAUGUAUUGAAGACUCAGUUAUGACCCCAGAUGGAUCAGUAUCCCAUGAACAUAUCUUCUGUGCAAAGUGCAAAUCAAAUGACGUGGUCCCAGAUAACGACAUUAUACUCUGUGAUGGGACAUGCAAUUGUGCCUUCCAUCAAAUGUGCCUUGAACCUCCACUUCACACCGAAAACAUACCCCCUGGAGACCAAGGAUGGUUCUGCAAGUUCUGCGAAUGUAGAAUGGAAAUCAUAGACUCAAUGAAUGCACACCUUGGAACCCAAUACUCAAUGAGUUGCGAAUGGCAGGAUCUUUUCGAGGAAGAGGCAGCAGCUCCUGAUGAUGAUGAAGCUGUUUCUGGAUCCAGAAGAUGGGAUGUGGAGGGAAAAGAGUUCAGAAACCAGUCAAUAUAUAGUAGCUUAGAUUCUGAUGAAUCUAGUGAUGUUGAAAUCAUGAGCGGCCGCAGAAAGCGCAGAGCAGUUGAUUAUCGGAAAUUGUAUGACGAAAUGUUUGGAAAAGAUGCUCCUGUAGCUGACCAACUCAGUGAAGAUGAAGACUGGGGUCCUAGCAAGAGGAAAAGGAAGGAAAAGGAGUCAGAUGCUGCAAGCACGCUUAUGACUCUCUACAAACGGCACUAUCGAGAAUUCCACCUAGUGCAGUUGAGAUUAAGGCGGGUUUUUGAGGAAAAUGAACUUCCCUGUGGAACAGUUAAACAUAAGCUUUCAGAAGAGCUAGGUCUUGAACCUGGAAAGGUCAGCAAAUGGUUCAAGAACGCAAGGUACCUGGCAUUGAGAUCCAGAAAGUGCAGUGAUUCCAACCCUAAGCUGUCUGGUGAAGCAACAGAAAACGAAAAUAAGAGUGGAGGCGCUGAAGUUUCAGAUGCUGUAACUGAAGCCGGGCUACAGACAACAAGGACUUCAAAAGAUGUACUCCCAAAGAAGAAGCUAAGAUCUAAUUGCGGGCUGAAGGAAAAUGAUCCAAAAGAAUUUUCCCUUGAAUCACAGGCAGGAAAUAGUGAGAUGGAAGCCCAAAAGGGUGAUGAUCCGAGCUUGAAGACUCUGCUAAAAGAAAAAUCAAGUGCAGGGAAGAAGCAUUCCAACUCAAAAUAUUCGGAGUCCCCGUCUCAUCAACUUGCCGAGAGUGAGAUGGAGAGACUUUGUAGAGCCAAAGACACCCUAGAGAACAUGAGGCAGUUUCUGGGGAGUCUACCAAUCAGCAAACGUAGGAGGUCCAAGGCGCUUGUUCUUAGAGAGAGGGUGGUUUAUGUGCCCACUGCUGAGCUAAAGGAGAAGAUUGCGACAGUUGGAUAA